CGAAGAUUCUUCUGCUAUCUAAGUUCAAAACUCUUGUUGUUAAAAAUGUUGCGCAUGUGUUUGGUUUUCAUAAUUAUUGUAAAACUUGGGAGCCCAACACCAGAUCUAGAGUAUUUUUCCAUGCGCCCUGGUCUUGGUUUAGAGAAGCCAACGAUUGAAGAUUUUGAAGAAGACUUCGAUUUAAGAAGUGUUAUUAUUAGCUACCAUCCAGGAAGAAAGUACAAGAGCUUGAAUAGCUCUGACACCUUAGCUAGAUUUUGCAGAGAGGUCUCAGAUGAUGCGAUCAGCAAGAAUAUUUCAAUUAUCCUGACUAAUCUUCUGAAAAACUACGAGAGUAGUGAGUUACCUACGCAUGGCAAUAAUACUCCAACUAAAGUUGAAACCAAUAUAUUAAUAAGAAGUAUGGGACCAAUUUCAGAAUUAGACAUGGAAUAUUCCAUGGAUUGUUAUUUUCGACAGUAUUGGAGAGAUCCAAGAUUAUCAUACGAAGGACCUAUUAAGUCCUUGUCACUAUCUAUAAAAAUGCUGGAAAGAAUUUGGAGACCCGACACUUAUUUUCACAACGGUAAAAAUUCCUACGUUCACACUAUAACAGUUCCUAAUAAGUUGUUAAGAAUUAGCCAAAAUGGAGAUGUUUUAUAUUCUAUGAGAUUAACUAUUAAAGCGAAGUGCCCAAUGGAACUAAGAAAUUUUCCAAUGGAUCGGCAAUCUUGUCCGCUAAUCUUUGGUAGCUUUGCAUAUACUACCAAGGACUUGGUAUAUACGUGGCAAAAUGACGAAAGUGUCAGCUUUGUUCCUGGAAUGACAUUAUCCCAGUUUGAUUUGAUUAGUUUUCAUUAUAGAAAUGUAAAUAUAAGCAAGAGAGAAGGAGCAGUUUCCAUUCUUGAAGUUGCUUUUAAUCUGCAGCGCCAUGCUGGUUAUUUUCUUAUUCAAGUAUAUCUACCAUGUAUCUUAAUCGUAGUUUUAUCAUGGGUGUCUUUCUGGAUACAUAGGGAAGCAACUAGCGACAGAGUAGGACUAGGAAUCACAACAGUGCUUACCCUGUCUACCAUAAGUUUGGAUUCAAGAACUGAUUUACCAAAAGUGUCUUAUGCAACAGCACUAGAUUGGUUCCUCUUCACCAGCUUUUUCUACUGUAUCGCUACUUUGCUUGAAUUUGCAAGCGUCCAUUACUUUACCAAAGUGGGAAGCGGUGAAAUAGCUGUUGAUGAGGAGGAAUGGGAAGAUUGUUCUGAGUCUGAAGAGGAGAUCAUUGGGGAGAUUGAACCAGAGAUCAAUUCAACCCACAUGGAUGGUUCAGCAAGUCAAAGGAAUUGUAUAUUUUGUUCUACAUAUCGUAAUCUUAGAAACCGAGACCGAGGAACUUGUUUGCUUCAUUCUCAUCCUUCGACAUUGGAGAGGACAACUCAAACUGAAAAUAAGUUGCCCAAAUGGAAACAGUUCAUAUACUGUCUUACAGGAGAUGACCAGUUUAGACGACAGAGGCAAAGGGAAGCUGCAGCCUUAAAAGGUGCUCAGCAUGGAAGACAUGUCAAUAGCGUCUCUUUAAUAGAUAGAAUAUCGAGAAUCAUCUUUCCUGCUUCCUUUGGUUUCUUCAACUUAUUUUAUUGGAUAAUCUAUUACACAAACUAUGACAACUUUAAGUGGGGAAAAAGCAAGUUGUACGCUAUAAAUCAAGGGUAUGGGGACUAAUAUUUUCCAGCUUAAUUACGUGAAUGUGAUAUUUCUAAAGUGUCCCCUAAAACUUCAAUAUUAUCAUGAAUAUAUUGCAUAAUAAUUUGUUUUGUACGAAAGAACUGAGAGUCUGUACAUUAUAUUAAAAAAUUGUGUGAAGUUUACUGAACUAAUUAUGGUAAUUAUGUGUUAUAUCUUCGGUGGAUGAAUUAAUUAAUUGUUAGAUUUUGUGUUGUAGUUUCAACAGUUGUAACUAUAAACAUAACAAUAAUGCUAUAGAUGGAAGAGAAAAAAAUAUUGGUUCACAGCUACAUAAACUGCUUGAUCUUAGCUGCAUGUGCUUACUCAAAGUCAAUUGUUAAACAAAUAUGUUACAAAAAAUAUUAUACUACGUAUUUUGAUUAUCAUUAAAAUGUAUUAUUGUUAUGUGUUUGUGCAGUAUACUAACGAAAAUAUUGACCAUAUAGGGUAUUAAAGUUCUGUAUAGUCCAGUAAAAUGAAUCAAUUAUGCUUCUAUUAACUGGAACCAAAAGAAUGAGUGAUAUACUGAAUAACUUAAACGAAAAAUUUCAAUAUUUCACGUCAUAUUUCCCCGUCUCUAUUCCAUUGAAUGGAAACGUGGCCCUUUCAUGCGGUGACUACUCAGAAACUGGAACCACUCGAAUUGUGGAUACAUAGCAGAAUCCUGUAUAUACCUAUCAUGGGCAAAGAUGUAACAAAAAAAGGCCAUGCGAUUAUAAAGGAAAAAGACAAAUAUAGGAAGGCGAAGAAUCUCAUGGCUGUGUAACUAGGAAAAAUAGUACGGAUGCACAUCAAUACUGCUCUGUCAAGUAGAAAGUACUCUGCCUAUUUCGUUGUCUUUGUUUCUGGCACUACCUUAGGAGUUCUUAAAAAGACGAAACAUGUAAUGUGAACGAAUACAGACUUUUAGAGAUAGAGGACAGAUAUCCAUGCUUGCUGGUGAAUAAUAUUCUGCCCAAUAUGUACAUAUAAUUCUUAUGAUUUGCGAGAAUUUAAAUUAUCAACAUUUGCUGGACUUUACAUAUUUAAAUAUCUAUGUAUUUGUUGCUUAAUUUUAAUUGUUAAAAUGUGAAAAAAUUGUUGUUUUAUGUCGUAGAAAUCAUAAAAUU